GGAGCUGAACUGUAGAGGUAGGAACAAUAACAGGAAGCGACUAGAGGAACGUCUGGGCUGGCUGAUCACUUUUGCCACUGUAGUGGCCUGAUUGUUCAGUGAGCAGCACUGUGGGAGCUCAGACAGGUUCACAUGCCGCUGAAAAAACGACAGCACUGACCUGAAACUGAGAAGGAUAUAACUUGGCUUAUUUACAUACUUUAGGGAUUUUCAAUCAAGGAAGAUUGUUGAAGGGACCUAAACUCUGAUGAUGAAACAGUCUUCCUGGAGGCCAGUGACUGAGCCUGGCUUUUGGGCAGGUUUCUUGGUAAUUUUAUGUACUCUCAUCACAGCAGUGGAUGUCCACCAAACUCUGAAACCAACAUCCAUGAACAACAAAGUGCUCCAAAGACACAAACGAGAAUGGAAAUGGGAUAAACUUUAUGUGUAUGAGGAAACAGCUCCAAAGAACCCACCUGAAAAAAUUGGAAAGCUAGAAAAUACACUUUACAAUGAGAUGUCCACACAAUAUAUUCUUGCAGGAGAAGGGGCUAAUGACAUUUUUACUGUAAAUGAUAUGGGGGAUAUCUUUGUCAAUGCAAAGCUAGACCGGGAAAAGAAACGCGUCUACAGACUCUCAGCCUCGCUCAUCAACAUUCAAACCAGAAUGCAGAUUGAAAAAGAUGAUCCUUUUGAAAUAGUGCUCCUUGAUAUUAAUGACAACAGACCUGUUUUUCCACCUGACCUGUCUGGAUCCAUCAGUGAAUCCUCUAGAGAAGGAACUACAGUGAUGACAGUAGAAGCAACUGAUGCUGACGAUCCAACAACUCAAAAUGGAAUGAUUGAGUACAAAUUGUUAAAUGGGACAGACCUCUUUCACAUCAACAAUAAAGGUGUCAUUAGCACAGUGAAAAGCACCCUGGACCGUGAGAAACAAAGUCAGCACCUGAUUGCCAUACUAGCCAAAGAUAUGCCAGAUUCAGAAACUGGAAAUACUGCUACAACCAUAGUGACCAUCAACAUAACUGAUAUAAAUGACAACAUUGCCACCUUCAAGACAGGAAAAUAUCAUUUUAAUGUGAAAGAAGACAGCAAACCAAGAUCUGAAAUUGGCACAUUAAGCGUGGAGGACAGAGAUGAGAUUCAAAACAAAGAUCCAACAUUUACUAUUCAGCAUAAAUAUGAUAUAUUUGCCAUUAAACGGAGUAAUGUGAAAGAUGGAAUUCUUAGCCUUAAAGUGCCUCUCGACUUCGAAACAGAGGAGACGUAUAGUUUCAGUGUAGAUGUGGUCGAGCACACAGUGUCUAAAUCCCCAGAUAACCAAGGACCCCACUUGCUGAAGAGAGCCCAAGUUUUCAUCAACGUAAUUGAUGUUGACGAACCACCCGUUUUCAACCAAACUGAAUACAAGUUCAGCAUUAAUGAGGGCCCUUUCAAGAAUCCAAUCAUUGGUGCUGUCUCAGCAAAGGAUCCAGAUAAAAAGGGCUAUAAAAUACGGUACUCUAUUGAAGACCCGAACUGCCCUGUAAGUGUGGAUCCUGUAUUAGGGCAUCUUUCCUUAAAGAGACAACUGGAUAGAGAGCAAGAGUCCUCAUACACAUUUCAAGUUAAAGCACAGGAAGAUACACCAAAUGGUCAAAUAUCCUAUGCAAUGGUUAAUCUGAAAGUUCUUGACAUCAAUGACAACGCACCAGAACUAACUAAUGGGAGUUACGUGUAUGUUUGUGAGAGUGAUAAACCUGGCAUGGUAAUUGGGAUUAUUGGUGCCCAUGACAAGGAUGAAAAUCCAGGCAGAUUUCGCUUCACUCUGGCAAAAAAGAGUUCAAACUUUUCCCUUCACGACAACCAAGAUAACACUGCCAGCAUUGUGCUGAAGCAGGGAGGCUUCAGUACAGAGCACUCAGUGGAGCAUGUGCUCGAAAUCGAAAUCUCUGAUGGAGGUACACCAGAACAAAAGAGCAUUAACCCCCUCCACAUUAAAGUGUGCACAUGCCAGCUGGGUCGAAGGGCAGAGUACUGUAUGGCUUACGCCCAGACUGGAGUGAGUGUUAGUGUCGUCUUAGCCAUUCUUCUCUGCAUAAUCACAAUCUUGGUCAUCGUCAUCCUCAUUGUGUUGCGGAGACGUUACCAGAAAGACACUUUGGUCACACUUGGCAAGUCAUCUGGUGAGAUCCAUGAGCAGCUGGUGAGAUAUGAUGAGGAGGGUGGUGGAGAAAUGGACACAAACGGCUAUGAUGUCUCCAUCCUGACCUCCGCCUGUCAUGACAGCAGCUUUCGGCCCAGCACAGGGCCUUCGCUUUAUGCCAUGGUGAAGAAACCCCCAGCCUGCAAGGGCGACAUGGCCAUGAUGAUCGAGGUGAAGAAAGAUGAGGCAGAUCACGACCGUGAUGGAAUUCCCUAUGAUACUUUACACAUCUAUGGCUAUGAGGGAUCCGAAUCCCUGGCCGGUUCCAUCAGCUCCUUAGACUCAUCCUCUAGUGGGUCCAAUUUGGACUAUGACUUCCUAAGUGAUUGGGGACCACGUUUCAGGACCCUGGCUCAGCUCUAUGGAGUAGAUGGCUCUGACACUGAUAGCUCCUACUGAUCCCCAGAAAGAAAGACCAUCUCUCAGCUGCCAUCAUCCUAGAAGAUGAUAUCAAACUAAGGAUCCAUCAGAUGCUAAAACGUGGUAUGAUGGAGAUUGCUGUAAUCUCUUUAUGGGACAUUUUGUCAGGGUCUCUUUAAAAGAGUGAUUAACAAGUGCCAAUACUUGUUUCCUUCAUGUAUUGUUAUAUCAUCAUGACGAGCAUGAUAGUGUUUGUAAUUUUGAUAGAAUCAGUGUUAGAAUAAAAAACAAAAAACUUGCCUUGGUCUUUCAGACUAGUUUUGUAGAGGUAAAUUUUGUACAAAACAGUAUUGGACACUGGUUGGAACAAGCUAACUUUUGGGCAUUUUAUCCAUAUACUGCAAAUUUGUAUUAAUGUUAACACAAAGUAUCAGUGUGAGUGUUCUUCCUUAAUUAGACCAUUUUGUGAUAGAAAAUAUUUUUCUUUCAUUUUUAUUAUUAUUAUUAUUAUUCUUUUUUUUUCUCCAUCUUAUACUAUUCACAAAACCCUAUGUUUUUUUCUGGACUUUAUUUCUAAAGCCAGCAUUGUUCAGCAGCUGACUCUUCUCAUCAGGAAAACCACUGAAUUGCCAUGGGAGCAACAGAGGAAGUGGUGAUAACUGUAUUUUGAAAGAAUUAAAGGCUACUCCAAGUUUAUUUGACAGGAAUCAUCAGCACAUUGAUUGUUAUGAGUAAAGCCCAAAUCUCUAAGGUCAACCAAUAUAAGGCAAUUGCAAACGUCUCAGGAAACGUGCAGUGACUUGUAUACUUGGUGAAAUGCAAGAAGUGGUCUGAACAUCUGAAUGACCAUUUUAAUCAUAUGUGUGGCUAUAUAUUUAACAGGGUCUUAUGAGAACAUUGCACAAAUGUACUUGCUAAAUAUUUGUUUUAAAGGGAUAGUUCACCCAAAAAAUAAAAAUCCUCUCAUCAUUUACUCACCCUCAUGCCAUCCCAGAUGUGUAUGACUUUCUUUCUUCUGCUGAACACAAAUGAAGGUUUUUAGAAGAAUAUUGCUGCUCUUUAGGUCCUCACAAUGCAAGUGAAUGUAUACCAAAAUUUUGAAGAUCCAAAAAUCACAUAAAGGCGGCAUAAAAGAAAUCCAUAAAACUCCAGUGGAUAAAUUCAUCUCUUCAGAAGUGAAGAUAUGGAUGAUAGUUGUGGGUGAGGAACAGAUCAGUAUUUAAAUCCUUUUUUACUAUCAACCUCCACUUUCACUUUUACAUUCACAUUCUUUUUUUAUUUUUAUUUUUAUUUUAUUUGAUGAUUUGCAUUUCUUCGUGCAUAUCACCACCUAAUGGGCAGGGAGGAGAAUUUAUAGUAAGAAAGGACUUAAAUAUGUAUUUGUUUCUCACCCACACCUGUUAUAUUGCUUCUGAAGAUAUGGAUUUAACCACUGGAGUCUUAUAGAUUACUUUUUUGCUGCCUUUAUAUGGUUUUUGGAGCUUCAAAAUGUUGGUACCCAUUCACUUGGAUAGUGAGGACCUAUAGGGCUGAAAUAUUCUUCUAAAAAUCUUUGUUUAUGUUCUGCAGAAGAGAGAAAGUCAUACACAUCUGGGAUGGCAUGAGGGUGAGUAAAUAAUUUUUUUGUGUGUGUGUGUGUGUGUGUGUGUGUGUGUGUGUGUGUGUGUGUGUGUGUGUGUGUGUGUGUGUGUGUGAACUAUCCCUUUAAGAUUGUUAAACCUAGUUUUACUCUAACAUAUGUAGCAGACCAGCCUUUCUUGUCUCAUGGUAGUACUGAUUAUCCACAUACAAUGUUAAAUUGACUAGAGGAUCUUCAUUCAUUGAAAAACCUAUUUUGCUGUUUAAAUAUUUACCUCUGUGCACAAACUUUACCCCGUGUCCCACAUUAGCCAUGGGCACAAUAUGUGGAAGCCACUGCUUUUCCUGUAGGGAAUUACAUGCCAAGCACUCAUCUCCCAUCUCAGUCAAAAUGACCAGCUCCGUCACUAAAAUGUCAACUUCCUGUCUACGCGAGCACAAAGAAACUGACUUCCUGUUCCCUUAUCUUUUAAGUGAAGGGACACAUUGGAACUGUUUUCCUGUUUUCUUGUCUUGGACAGAUAAGGAAAGAAAAUUUAGGGGAGCAGGAAAACGUUAAAGAAUAAUGUGAAUCACGCUGUCUUGGUCGCAAAGGCAUUGUCAAUCCUUUAAGACAAAGGUGCGGAUUUGGUUGGAUUUCGAUAAAGUUUUUUUUUUCCAUUUCACCAUGCAAUUUAAUUUAAUCAAUCUAUUUUAGGACUGUUUUCUUUUUUAAAGGAAUAUCUUCUUUAUAGUUGUCUUUCUACUGUAUAUCAUUUUGGUUUUAGAAUUAGUACAAUCACUAAAGCACAGAUAUGUAUUAAUGAUAAGACUAUUAUCUUCCAUGAAAAUCAGAAAUACUGCACAUAUUGUCAUUGAAUGAUGUAUUUAUAUUUCUCAUAUUAAAAAAUGAAGAACUGGAAACAUAACUAAAAUUAGAGCCUUCAGUUCACAGUAUACGUAAUUGUUCCUUAUUAUUAUCAUAUUCCCUGUAAUUAUGCAUUUGAACCAGCUCUAUGUGGCAAUAAUGAGCUCUUUUAUAAGUGUAAAAUGUAGUGUGUUGAAUGAGCAUUUAUUUUAUAAAUUAAACAGGUGAAGUGUCUGCGAUUUCUUAGGCAGGUCCAGUAGAUGUCAGUGUUGGACAGCCAGGUUAAACAUCUCAGUUUGUGAUUUAUGUGUUUGGUAGAAGGAAAACAAUAUGUGCCUUUUUUCUAUUGUUUCUAUUGUUUUAAAAUAUUAUUUUUGUUUCUCUAAAACAGGACAUUUUUGUAUUUGAAUAAACUUCACAUUCCAUAAAA